AUGGCAGGCGAAGCGGAGGCCUCUGGUGGAGACGAAGUGGUGUCCAUCCAACUCGUGGCGGGGUGCAUCAUCGUGGUGGUGGUCUUCGUGGCCAUCAUGGAGCGAAUCGUCGAGCACUUUUUGCACCUAGCGAAACGCAACAAGAAGUACAAGGAGAUGCUCGUCAAAACCAUCGGCGAACUCAUGGUCGUGGGCCUCAUUUACUUGCUGGUCAAGUUUGUGUUGUACGUGGGGGGGCUCAGCUCCCUCCAUUACCACGCGAUCGAUGCGGCGGACAUCCUGGUAUUCCUCGUCGUGAUCUUCCUCGUGCUGCAAGCACUCGUCAUCUUCGUGGUCCUGACAUACACGAACGACCUGACCGAUUUGGUGGACUUGUACUCCAUGUCGGAGCUGCUCAAGUUGCUCGAGGCAUUGUUUGUCAAAGUGUACGAGCUUCCACCGCUGUUUUCGUUCCCAAAGUACAUAUUGGAGAUCCAGGAAGACCAAGUCGUGCAGCUGGUGGACCUGCGCAUCUCGCACUGGAUCAUUCUCGUCGGGUUGUUCCUUGUAUUUUUUACCUGCACGGGGGAGAUGCAAACGUCCCAUGCGCCGUACCGCGUGGUGGACGGCAGCAGCUCGUCCGCGGUGGCCACGAGGCAAGACACCCGCGUGCUUGUCAUGGGCAUCCUCGCGGGGUCCCUCCUCUGCUGCAUGUUGCUGCUCAUGCUGGCCCUGCACCGUGCCCGGUUGUUUCUCUUGCGGCGGGCUGGUCAAUUCCUCGCCAUCCACCAAAACAGCCUCGGCGACAUCACCCCCCUGCAGAGCCGCGACGACGAAGUCAACGAACCACAGCAUUUGCAACUGUUUGUCGACGCACAGAUUCGCCAGAUGCGGGUGGUAAGAGACAUCGUGCGCAGCCGAGAGCCCUCCAAGCACCGCCAGAUCUUUGGCGCCGAGCUGCUCUAUCGACUCUACGCGAUGCUCUGUCACAAACCGCCUGCCCAUCCGAACGCGCUGGAGGCUCGGGUCCCAGGAGACAUGUUUUACUUGCCGGGGUUUUCGCUUCCCCGAGCGCAGUUCUUGACGACGUUGUUUUUACUGGUCAACGGCCUCUUUUGCGCCAUCUUGUGCACGUCUGUGAUACCGUCGAUCGAUUCUACGAACAACGGGGUGUACGUGGCAGCGUGCUGUGUGCCCAUCGGGCUCAACAUGGUCGUGGUGGCCCUAAACUUGAUUUCCAACUUUGCGAUUGUGUUGGGCGUGUGGAAGAUCGACGGCCGCGUCUUGGCCAAAACGAUUGACCACUUUGUAUAUGUCGCUAAGCUCAAGCAUCAGCUGCAUCAAGAUAUCCACCAAACCAAUAUGCAGGUUGACGAUCUUGCCGCUUCAUGGCUGACAAUUCGGACGGGUAUGUCGACAUGCACACCAUUCACGCCUUGGCGGUGUCAUGGGGCGCGUCGCUCACUCGUCAUGAGCUCAACACGCUGCUCUACAUGGAAUGCCAUUGCAGCCGCGGGCGUAUUUUGGUCGCCGAUGUGGUCGCGAUGUGCCAACCACCCAAUGGAACUGUGUCGAUUCGUGUUGACGCGUCGAUCAAGGAAUCCCCACGGGGCCACGCGGCAUACCAACGGGUAG